GGGACCGGAAGCGCGGGCAGGGGCGGUCCCGGAAGUGAGGGUGGUGAGCCAUGGCGGACGAGGAGCUGGAGGCGCUGCGGCAGCAGCGCUUGGCCGAGCUGCAGGCCAAGCACGGGGAUCCUUCCAGUGAUCCAUCACAACAAGAAGCAAAACAGAGGGAAGCAGAGAUAAGAAACACUAUUUUAGCCCAAGUUCUCGAUCAAGCAGCUCGUGCGAGAUUAAGCAAUUUAGCACUUGUGAAACCAGACAAAGCAAAAGCGGUAGAGAAUUACCUUAUACAGAUGGCGAGAUUUGGACAGCUAGCUGGAAAGGUAUCAGAACAAGGUUUGAUAGAAAUACUUGAAAAAGUGAGUCAGCAAACAGAGAAGAAAACAACAGUAAAGUUCAACAGAAGGAAAGUGCUGGACUCUGACGAAGAGGACGAUUACUGAUGCUGCUGUAAGACUUAUCUGCCAAACAGAAGGCCUGGAAAUAGGUGACACUGUUACCAGGCUCAACGCAAGAUCUGAACAUGUUUACGCUUCUUCACUUUUUCGUUUUU